AUGGCCGGCCUCCCUUUGAGAGGCCAAGUCCGCGGACUCUGGCUGGCAGCCUUCCUGCAUCUCAUCUUCGCCGCCUCCGUCCGCGCGUAUAUGAACCUCACGGACUCGGCGCUGCGAAACAUCACCGUCAACGAGGCCGACUUCGACAUCCACAACGGCUCCCUGCUGUCGCCCAUCCUCAUCCCUCGCGUACCCGGCACGCCUGGCCAGGUAAAGACCCAGCAGCACUUUGUCGACUUUUGGAAGGAGAACUUGCCGAAAUGGAGCAUCGAGUGGCAGAACUCAACCGGCAAGACCCCCGUCACCGGGGACAAGGACGUGCCGUUCCAGAAUCUCAUUUUCCGUCGCGAGCCGCCCUGGAACAAGCCCGGGCAGGCCAACUGGUUCACUCUGGUCGCUCAUUAUGACAGCAAGAUCGAGCCCGAAGGAUUCAUCGGCGCGACUGAUAGCGCCGCGCCGUGUGCUAUGCUGAUGCACAUUGCGAGGGCGGUUGACCCGUACCUGACCCAGAUGUACGAUGAGAUGGUGGCGCUGGGUGAGAAUGGAGGAACGGUGCCCCAGGACAUGGGAAUGCAGAUCCUGCUAUUGGAUGGCGAAGAGGCUUUCAGGUCUUGGACCGAUACCGACUCAUUGUACGGCGCGAGGUCUCUGGCCAAUGAGUGGGAGAAGACUUACAACCCAGCCAUGUCUCGUUACAAGAACCCACUGGAACAGAUUAGCAUCUUCGUCUUGCUUGAUCUGUUGGGAUCCGCGGCCCCGCGGGUUCCCUCUUACUUUCAAACGACUCACUGGGCGUACAAGAGCAUGGCCAGACUCGAGAAGCGCAUGCGCGACCUUGGUGUCUUGGAGACCAAGCCUGAUGUCCCGUUCCUCCCCGAGGGCGAGAAGGAUGCGGCGCGCUUUGGGCGGAGCGGCAUUGGCGAUGACCACGUUCCCUUCAUGGCGAAGGGUGUCAACAUCCUCCACAUGAUCCCGUCGCCGUUCCCCUCUGUAUGGCAUAGGCCGGAAGAUGAUGGCGAGCACCUCGAUAUGCCUACGGUACGGGACUGGACGAAGAUCGUGACGGCAUUUACAAUGGAGUGGCUUGAUAUGAGCGAAGUAAUGCCCGAAGAGGCUGCAUGA